UUUGGGCCGAUUUUUCCACACCCCUACGGCAUAUCCAACUCGCAUUCGCUUGUGUUGCAUCUCUUUAGGUGGAGCUCCGACCCCGAUCAGAUGGGGGAACUGGCAACUGAGAAGCAUGUUCAAUACAUAUUAUCUGUUGAAAAGAGAAAGGAUGAUUUUCAAUCUGUGGUGAUGGAACAUCUAAGGAUGAAUGGUGCAUACUGGGGGCUGACUGCACUGGAUAUUCUUGGAAAGCUCAAUAUUGUUGAUGCUGAUGAAGUUGUUUCAUGGGUAAUGUCAUGCCAGCACGAGUCAGGUGGUUUUGCUGGCAAUGUUGGACAUGAUCCGCACAUACUUUACACCCUUAGUGCUGUGCAAGUUUUAGCUCUUUUUGACAAGCUGGAUGUUUUAGAUGUUGAUAAGGUGACAAAUUAUGUCGUUGGCCUUCAAAAUGAAGAUGGCUCCUUUUCCGGGGAUAUUUGGGGUGAAGUUGAUUCGAGAUUUUCAUAUAUUGCAAUUUUAUGCUUAUCGUUGUUACAUCAAUUGGAUAAAAUCAAUGUUGAGAAGGCUGUGAACUUCGUCGUUAGUUGCAAAAAUAUGGAUGGUGGUUUUGGCUGUACACCUGGUGGAGAGUCACAUUCUGGGCAAAUUUUCUGUUGUGUUGGCGCUCUUGCUCUUACGGGGUCUCUUCACCAUGUUGACAAGGAUCUUCUUGGCUGGUGGUUGUGUGAGCGGCAAGUUAAAUCUGGAGGUCUUAAUGGUCGCCCUGAAAAACUCCCUGAUGUCUGCUAUUCAUGGUGGGUUCUUUCUAGCUUGAUCAUGAUUGACAGGGUCCACUGGAUUAAUAAGGAAAAACUGAUCAAGUUCAUCUUAGACUGCCAGGAUACCGAAAAUGGAGGAAUUUCAGAUAGACCAGAUGAUGCUGUUGAUGUCUAUCACACAUACUUUGGAAUAGCAGGACUUUCACUUCUUGAAUAUCCAUCGUUGAAAGCCAUAGAUCCAGCAUACGCUUUACCAGUCGAUGUGGUGAAUAGGAUUCGUCUUGGGAAAAGGCAUGCUAUCUAAGAGCGUUAUAUCUUUUUUCCAAGUUCCGGUAACUUCAAUCAAUUCCAUAUCAGUCUUUAUUUGAUGAUGGGAAGACAUUUUAUUAGUAGUCAAAUUUAGGUGUUGGACCAUGAGUUUUGGUCCGAUAUAGGUCUUAGACUUGUGAAGAAAGGUGAAUCAUGUACUGUAUUGUAGGCCAAUAGUCAAUUGUCACUGGCAGGAUUUGAUCAAAGUACAAUUAUCUAGAAAUUGCCUAUUGAUUUGCGUUUCAAGGUAGAGGUACAUUUAUCUUUUUGCUCAAUAGGGAGGACUUGUUAUAUCAUAGGAUAGUUUGUGUUCUAUUGUUCGGUUCUGUCAUUAUUUUACUUAUUCACUUUCUUAUAGAUAUUGAGCAUUAGUCUCUUUUUGGUCACUUGUUGGAAAGAAAAACCUAUAAGAUGUUGUGAUAGUUUAAAA